CGCGUGGGAACCGUCAACUUAGUGAUUUACUCGCCUUCGCCUUGUCCCUUGUUCAUCUUCAGCUGUUGUUCUGAGCGCAAUGCUGUGAGGAAUGUUGUGUUUGCGUCAUGUCUGACGUUAGAUUUAGUGACUCUGUGUAAAGUGAUAGAAGAUAAUAUUAUAGUGCAAAACGUGUAGUAUAUAGGGUAUAUAUAUAUAUAUAUAUAUAUAAAGGAGCUAAUAGAAUGGAUGUAUCGAUAGUACGAGUUCUUCUUCUCGCUGCUGUAGUAAGAUGCGAACAGACAGCUAACAAUGGCUACAGCAGGAAUGAUCAACUUCAGUACGGUGACAUACUAAGACCACCACCGCCGCCGCCGUUACCAAUUCUUCCAGUACCAUUCCAUGGAGGUUCGGGAAGACAUCAACACAACUAUGAUUUCACCAGCCCGUAUCAAGUUCCACCACCACAACAACCCCCUCAAAAUCUUCCAUCACCACCCUUAUCACCACCAAGUGACUUCAAGUUUCCUGCACCCUUCUACAAACAGUACAAUUUUAACUUUGUCCCAGCACCUCAACCAUUUUCUACAACACCAUCACCUACCAUGUUUCAAAAAGUAUCGCAAUGGCUUUUUCCAUCCCAACAAACUGCCAAUAAUAUGGGUGUGAAUACGUAUAAUAUUCCAGUUAAAAAGGAAUGCAAUCCAUGUAAUUUAGCUCCUUGGAUUCCAGUUAUAAGAUAUGAUUUGUCUUCAAAAAAUCAACAGAAUAUAAUAUCAACCUACGGUCCACCAACACAGACAGCUUCUGUAAGCUCUUACAAUACAAUUCAGACCUUACCCCAGCGUUUUAACGCUCAACCGCUAGACCAAAGUCAAUCCCAGAUUUUAAAUAACAAUAACUUUCAUUCAAAUUAUGGCCCACCUAGUCUAAAACAUAUAGAUGAGAGUAAUAGCGUAAGUUCUACUUAUGGUCCUCCAAGCCAAACAUACUCGAUUCCGACAUCUCAAAUACCACAAAAAUAUACUAAUAAUAUUAAUACUAACCCCAGUACCAAUACUUUUGGAAAAUCUUACUUUGAUGUGGUUUCAAUUAAUUCUGGGCCUUCAUUUCAAGGAGGAUAUCCAAGUUCAUCGUACGGUGGACCCACUUCUUCUUAUAAAGCCCCUACUUCAAUAUACGUAACUCAGCCAACGAUAUCCACUAAUAAAUAUAAUUCACCGUCUAAAAAUUCCUUUGUUGUUGAAGAUCUAGUCAGUACACAUAAGCCGUCCCUUGAAUUACAACUACCAAAGGUUGACCAGCCAACUGGUUUUAGAAAUUCAUAUGGAGAACCCAUAGUCAAUACUUAUGCGUUAGAUGUACCAUACUCAGUCUCAGCUACUGCUGCUGAAACUUCGAAAGUAAAAACUGAAGUGUUGCCAAACGCUGAUUUCCUAAGUAGUCAAAAUGUUUCAUUAGCUUUAGCAAACCCGGCACCCUUUACUUUAAAUAAAGGAAGGAAUAUACAUACACUACAACCUAUAGCCCUACCUAAUCUAAGUGUUUCUCCACUGCCACCUAUAUUUAAUGCACGACCCUUCCGACCCUUACCUUUCAAAUAUCCCUCAAAUAUAAUUCAAAGUAUAAACCUUAUGGAUCAUAAAGCGAAGAACGUGAAUAUAACUAAGAGUGUACCGAUUGCAGAAUUUAUUCAUUCGAUAGAGUAUCCGACAACCAUAAUUCAAUCACCUAUUAUAGAUUUAGAAGUUACGAAAAAUAUAAAUCAUACUAAAGCUUUUAGAGACAUUCAAAACAGUUUCAUAAUUGAUAACAUUAGUGACAUAUCACCUCAAGCUUCAGAAGAUCACUUAUCAGCAACAAAAUCAAAUCCAGAUUCAAGUUUUGAAACUACUGGUGCAGAUUACGGGAAUGAUUUAUAUGAAAAUGCAAUGCCAUCAGACUUAAAAUAUCAAUACAGUGUUCCGUCAAAUCAUAAACCUCCUUUCGCUGAUUUAAGAGGCGUAAAAGACGAGGACGUAGAUAGAUAUCGAACUGAAGCUAAUUUGCAACAUAUAGAUUCACCGCUUCUAUAUCUCAAACCAAGUGCGCCGCAUAAAGAUUUUAAGAGUUUUGUAUCAGCCUCUGUACCAAAUAAUACUAGAGUAGAAUUUGAAAUGUACGAUGAUCAUCCAACAACGCUUACUAAUCUCAAUUCGGUUUCUCCUAACUUUUUGUUGGGAAAUAGGACAGAACCGUCACAGAAAGUAGUAAAUAAAAAUGAAAAACCGGAAAAUAUAAAUCGUUCUAAAUUAGUUCAAAUAAUUGUUCCAUACUUUAGUGGAAAUAAUGAACAUAGUAUUGAUUACUAUGAUGUUAACGGAUGGUCGAUUGAUACCGGAAAAGGAUUCCAAGCACGGAAAGCGCAAAGUAACUUGGAAUAUAAUGUGUCAAAGGUUACUACAGAAAUAUACAAAGUAUCAAGUACCGAGGCAACUACCACAACUGCAACUGAUAAUUCAAAUACAGAACGCAUGAAUACAGACCCACCUUUUGAUAUUAUUCAAUUACAACACAAUAUCGACGAUUGGACCCAACAAGAAUAUUCAAAGCACAAUAAAGCUCAAGAGAGAUCGCGAUCUGGUGAGAAUUAUGCGAAAAAAAUACCUGACGAUUAUUUCACAACAUUGAACCCUGUCACUACAUCUCCUACCGAAAUGGAAUAUUUUGAUUUUUACGAUCAUGAAGGUUCUAGUAGUAUACAUUAUGCAGUGACAGAGAAUAAAACUAAUGUUCUUCCUUUUGUAGGAAAAGGUUCACCUUUUAAGCAGCCAAAUUCUAUAGAUUAUAGUAAAGUUAACCAUGACAGUGCUAAAAAUGAUGAAAUUCACGAUGAUCAAAGACUACGCAUUUACACAGCUGCCUCUAAAUUUAGGAAGUCCACAACAACUCCACCUCCAUGGAGCGAGAUACAAACAUCUAUAUCACCUUUAACCCAAGAAAAGGUUUAUGUGGUGACGUCAAAACCGUGGCAAGAGACAGUUACUUCGAGAAAUGGGCUUGACUCUAUACACGAUGAAAGGUCUGCAAUAAGUAAAAAUAAUGACGAUAUGCCGUUUAAAUCACCAAGGUUUUUAGAGAGACCUUCUAUUGAAUCUGAAAUAUUUACUAAUGGAUGGCAUCAAUUCAUUAACCAUUUGGAGAGCCAUCAUGUUAUGUAUAAUCAGAAAAGUGACUCCUUCAAAGAAGAUAUAGAGGAAACUAAAGAGGGUGAAGAUACAGGGAGGCCUUCAGAUUCAUCUUCGUGAAGACAUUUAAAUACACCAGUGAAUCUGUGAUCAUGAUUAUAACAAGUUUUAGUGAUAGAUGCUGUAGUAUAUGAGUUUGUUCAACGGACAAAGGCGAUUGCCAUAAACCU